UCACCAGGCUAUUGAUAAAGAAUCUGCCAAGAAACGAGCUUCACUUGAUAGUAGUUCCUCUUUUAAAACUGAAGCAACUCCAACUUUGUAAAGAACACAGAAUCUGAAAAGUCUGUUAGUACUCAACGGUAAAACGAAGAAAUCCUUGGAAAUGGAGACUCCUAUUGUAAAACUAUCAGACGAGGAUAGAGAAACUGUUUACGAACCUUCGGAAGACUCGUUUCUCCUUAUAGAUGCACUGGAAAGUGAUUUGCAAUCUAUAGACGCUAGAAUGCCAGGAAUUGGUUUGGAAAUUGGAAGCGGAUCUGGAGUGGUCAUUACUGCACUUGCCAUGGCUCUUGGCUCACGAUUUCCAUCGUAUUUUUUAGCCACCGACAUAAAUCCGAACGCUUGUAAAGUCACGAAAAAAACCAGUGUCACAAAUUCAACGAAAGUCGAAGUUAUUCAAAUGGAUUUAGCAACAAAUUUCCUUCCUUUGAAGUAUUUUGAUUUAAUAGUCUUCAAUCCGCCGUACGUUGUCACCGAAGCGCUUGAAGUCUUUGACGAAAAAUUAAUUUCUAAAACCUGGGCCGGCGGACUCGAAGGUAGACAAGUAAUGAAACGAAUAUUUCCACACAUUCCGAAUUUAUUGUCAGAGAAUGGAAUCUUCUAUUUACUGAUAAUUAAAGAAAAUAAUCCAGAAUAUAUUAUGGAAUAUUUUAAACAGUUCAAUAUGAUUGGCUCGAUGAUCGCUGAAAGAAAAAUUAGGGGUGAGCAUUUAUAUGUAUUAAAAUUCGUCAGGCAUCAUGACCAAUAAUGUAUUUAAAAGUGUAAAAUAUGUUACAAAAAAUGUAAAUACUCGUUUUUGUAUAUAAAUAUAUAUUGAAAAGUUUUAAUUAUAAAAAAAUCUUCAUUAGAAUUAUUAGAAAAUUUUAAUGGUAAGAAAUUUAAAAAAUGGCUAUUAAUUGAAAAUACAGGGUUGCCGCGCAACCUGAAAAACCUGGUCAACCUGGAAAAGUCAGGGAAUUUUGAUCAGAAUCCUGGAAAAUUGUUGUUUUCUAAAAGUUAUUGCAAACACAAUUUUCAUAAAAUUUUUCGAAAAAAAUCAAUUAUUUAAAAUGAUUUUUAUA